GAAGCACAGAAGGAGCAGUUACGUGCCGCCCUCACAAAAGCGGCGGCACCCGUAUAAGGCAAGCGGACGGGACUCGCAGCAAAACAUUCCAGUAAUGGGACUAAUACUAUACAUAAUCAACUAUAACUCGUUAAGUUGACUAGUAAACGUAUGCCCAAACAACCACAUCAUGAUAUUGCACUGCAAGCACACUCCCGGAAACAAUCCACCACAACAAUAAGCAAUCCAUCCCCCCAGGUAACCAACAAUAAUGGCAAAUCCCACCCUCCCACCAAACUACACCCUCCACCUCGCCAGCUACCCCCCCGUCAAAGACUACCUCCACCUCCGCGCCGCCUCGGGCCUCACGCCCAAAAACGCCGCGCAGGCCACCGCCGCGAUACAGGGUAGUUGGUACGGGUGCUACGUUACCUACGAUGGGCCGAAUUCAUCCGACGACACUGUCCCAGCCGAUACACCCUACCAAAACCAACCCGAAAGUAAUAGAAAGGAAGUGAAGGGGGAGGGGGAGGUGGUAGGCAUGGGCCGUAUCAUCGGGGACGGGGGAUGGUACUUCCAUAUCGCGGACAUGGCGGUGCUCCCGGCGCACCAACGGAAGGGACUCGGGGGCGUGGUUCUGGCGGCCCUGCUGCAGAGGAUCAGGGAGGCGGCGCCGGAGGGGGAGCCGUAUGUGAAUCUGUUGGCGGAUGCGCCGGGACGGAGGCUGUAUGCUAAGUAUGGGUUUGUGGAGAGUGCGCCCAAGGAGUUGGGGAUGGGGAUGGUUAUACGGGGGAGGUAG